AUGUACGCUUCCGAUGCAGACCUCCCGCAGCUUGGUGUUUCCACAGAGAGGAUUGAGGGCUCCACCAACGAACCUCAAGGAUAUGUGUGGACAAAUGGGAGAAAUGAAAGCCCAACAAUUUCCACGCUUGCACCAGGGGUGAGUGUGCCCCUCCUCUCAUAUCUGCAGACCACACCUGUUGAGGGAAUCAUCACUGAUGAAACAGGAUCCGGGGAAUCAGUUGUGGGGGCGACAGCGGGGGAGCCAGCGGCUGAGGGAGAAGCUGAGGGGCUUCUAAUUGAGGACCUUCGGAGCCAGGUGCCUCAGCAAAGGGAAACAAUAUAUGACAGCGGGGUGCCAUAUCCUGAAAAUAAUGAGGCAGGCUUUGAGGAGCCGCGAGGUGAGACUAAUACCUCAUUUCCAGCCACCGGUCGGCCCAGAAGUGAGGAGCCUGUACCCACCGAGCUUUCAAACGACGAGUCUAUAAACGAGAAGCCUUCUUCCGGGGAUCCUUCGGUCUGGAAAACAACUUCAGAAGCAGCGCACAUGGUGCCAGUGACGGGGGAAACAGCUUCGACAGCCUCAACAGAAAAGACGACCGAUGAAGGUACGACUUCUGAUCGAACACUCGAGAAGGCACCGAUCGAUAAACACAUCUUGAGAAAUGCAAGUGAAAAUUUGGAAGCUGAAGUAAUAGGUGCGGAACCGGUCAACAACAAUCUUUCGACAAUGGAGUCAGCUACCGAGAUACACGAUGAAGAUCAUUCUGUUGUUGUGGUAAAAGAGCACGACCGACAUUGUGGAGAACAGAGAGAUGAGGCACUCACACCAGAUGUGGGGGAAACUGAGGGUGCCGUUUUGCACUUGUCCAAUGACACACUGAGCCAAGGAAAAACGGCAGAUGAGAAGACAGAUACGCAGGCUUCUGAGACAUCUAAAAAAAAUAGCGAACCAGACGGCGAGAACAUACGGCAUCGUCGAGUAUCUCUGCAAUCGUCAGCAGCUCCUCAGUCAGUGACGGAGUCAUCCAUUACUGGGGGCCAACAACCACGUAUUAAUGCAUCUCGGCCCCGGGAUGGACAUCAAAGACUGCACAAGUUUCUUGUAAGAGAAGAAAACAAAGCUUUGGAUGGCUAUACGGGCAUGCAUUCGGUGAAGGCCGUUCUUCAGGGCGGAAGCGCCACGGCUUUUGGAUGCUAUGGUGAUAUGCCCCGUCACAAAGAUCCACAGGCCGUUCAUUCAUUGCUGCAAGCAGCCCAACUCUUUGACUCGAAGCGGCGCUUCCCAAACCAGCAAAUCUUCAAGCUGAAGAUUGUUCUGCUGGGAUAUCAAGAAGUGGGGAAGACCUCGCUGCGAAAGUGCUUUGAGUCCGAGCCGUAUUUUUUUAAGAGACUACCGGAUGUGAAGACGACAACUGGUGUGGAAGUAAACACUCAGGGUAUUUGUGUCGGUGCCGACCAUGUCCAGCUGAUUUUUUCGGAUUUUGCGGGACAGGAAGCAUAUCACUCGCACACGCUUUUCCUGACAGAUCGAUCUAUUUUUCUUCUUGUAUGGAAGAUAUCGGCUGUUGAGCAGGACUUUCAGAGUUCCGGCAUCAGCGUAAGUGAAGAGGAACGUCUGUAUAAGUGGAUUGCGGANGUGUACGCCAAAUUCCCGCGGGCCAAGAUUGUGCUCGUUGCCACGCAUCUUGACGAACUUCGUGUUCAGGGGCAGCGUAGCGUGGAGAGGAUACUCGCGAAGGUCGAGGGAAAAAUCAUGGACUUUAUGCAGCGCAUCGCCGCUGUAGAUCCAGAUACCGGCACAAUCGUCACCAAUAAGAUUGUGGGAAACUUUGCUGUGUCUUGCAAGACACGGCGGAUUAUUGCGGCUGGAGGACUGCGACACCUGUCAGGGCAGAAGCUAAGCGCACUUCUGCGCUUCUUUGCCGAGGUGGCCCACAAGGAGUGCAUGGAUGACGUUGAUUUUCCCUCCGCCGCCAUUCCCGGACGUCAUAUUCAAAUCAUGAAAGAAUUGGAGGAGAAUAAAAAACGCUUUCCACAGAGAUUGUUGAUGCCGCUUAUCGAGUUUAGACAUUUAGCGUUGCAGUUUGGGGUAAACUCAGACAAAGAACUGCUUCAGAUUGCUCGUCUUAUGCACAGCUGGAAUAUCAUUUACCUUUUUAACUUUCAUCGGUUGGAGGAUGAUGGAAUUGCCAUGUUUCGCCCACUUUGGCUGAGCCGUCUUGCAGCUGCACUGUUUUCAUACGCCCACGUGCUCCGAACUCCACUGCAUCUUCGAAGUAUCAUUGGUGGCCUCGAAUACAUAGUGAGUCGUGCUGAGGCUGCUGACAUGCACCUCAUCCGCAAAGGUUUCCUUCGGUGGCCUCUGGUUCGCGUUCUGUUUCGCCAGCCACUACAUGACGUGUUGAAGAGAGAACCCGUUGACUCUGAUUAUAAAAUGGCUCUGGAGCUCCUCGUUGCCUUGGAUCUGCUGUAUCCCGUUGACAUUCCCUGCGACGAAUUCGCGCUGAUGGAGGAGGAGACGCCAGUGAUUGAUCCAGAAGCAGGGCGGCCCAUCAUCCACGAGCCGAAAGUCACGCGCUACUUCAUACCAAGUCUCUCUCCGUACGUUGCCCCAGCACGCCUUAAGCGGCUCGCGCCAGUCCUAUUCAACCGUGGCGCAAAAGUGAAGUUUGAGUUCAAUCUUCUUCCGAGUGAAAUGUGGUGGCGGUUUCAGGCGCAACUCCAGAAGUAUCAGCAGGUCAUCACUCUGCACGAACCACACGGUGCCCUUUCGGCGGAGAACGACGAGGAUGUGCUGGAUCACUAUCGCCUCCUUGAGGCAGAUGAAGAGCACAACCGAUGGAUUGAUGCCAUGUGGCUUCGUGGCGAUCACUGCCGUGUCUUUUUGUACCGAGAAGGUCUGCAUGUAAUCCGCAUCUUCUCCACGGAGGCAAAGCCGCAAGGCGCUGAGGAGGUGCUUGCCGCUAUCGAGAGAGUCAUGUCGGACCUUCUGGAGGAGUAUCGCGGUUUAAGGCGGACAGUGGAAGUGGCGUGCCCGGAGCCAAGCUGUAGCGGGUGGCUUAUGGCCAGUGAUGUGGCAACCGAAGUCAAGGUUAUGUGCCACACUUGCAAACAGUUCAUCGACACAAAGGAUAUCGUCGCGUCCGGCGUAGGACCACGCGGUUCUCGCCAUGUGAGUGACGCAUUGUUGGAAGAGGCUGGGGAACUGCUGUACUUUUCCCUUAACCAUCGGGGAUGCGUUCAGAUGUGCGAGUACCUCGGGGUGGCCUACCGGCGGCCGAACAGCCUUGGCCCAGACGACACGAACAACAUCAGUAACAACAGUAACGACGACGAUGUGCCGAUGGAGCAGCACUUGGACUUCAUGUACGCUCUUGACAAGGUUGUUAGCGCGGCACUACUGCACAACCAGCGGGAGCGUGUGGAGGAGGAGGCGCGUAGGCGGCGGAUGCUGGAGCAUGCCCCACUAUCCGCCCCGUGUCUAUCGUACUGA